GCUCUUCCCUCCCUCACGUAGGAGCACUAGCCCCAGGCAGUUAUGAAACCAGGGAGAGAUCCAAGAAGCUGAGCCUCUGUCUGUGCGCUUGUGGGAGCGGCUGGGACCGAAGGAAAAGGGUGUCCUCGGGUCCCCAGCCGCAGAGCUCUGAGCCCCCAGCUCGGAGGCUGGCCCCCUGAGACGCAGGGCCUGCUGCCACUGCCUUGUUUCCCCUUUAGUUGAUGGAGCCCCGCCCACCUGUCGGGUGACUUCCCUCAGCCCAGCAAAUACAGAGCCCUACUUUUGAAAAGUUUCCAGACAUCACAGAUGGGGUGGGCUGGCUUCGCAUCUUUCAAAGCUGAUCUGUGCUGGGUAAGCCACGUGUGGAGGGCUGGGGUGUGGCUUCCAUUGUGGCUCAUCACAGCCAGACAACCAUACAUGGUCACCGCAGCUCCAGGGCUGUGGCACGGUGACUCACCCCCAAGAGGCUGAUGUAACAGGGGAACAGUCAGAGCCAGCGAAAGGCUGCUGCAACCUGAGGGCUGGGAGCCCCAAAGUGUUACCAUCGCCUGCCCAGAAAUAGCCUGGGGCAGCCCUGAGCAGAGCAGCCUCAGAGAAGAGAGUCCAGGAACCCUGGAAGAGAAGUCACUGCCACUUCACAGAUUCUGGGCCAGGACAUGACAGGCUGGCCCUGUUGGAUCUCUGUAAUGAGGUCCCAGAACGGCCAUGGAUUUUCCCCAGCACAGCCAGCACGUCCUGGAGCAGCUGAACCAGCAGCGGCAGCUGGGGCUUUUGUGUGACUGCACUUUUGUGGUGGACGGUGUCGAUUUUAAGGCCCAUAAAGCAGUGCUGGCGGCCUGCAGCGAGUACUUCAAGAUGCUCUUCGUGGACCAGAAGGAUGUGGUGCACCUGGACAUCAGUAACGCGGCAGGCCUGGGGCAGGUGCUGGAGUUCAUGUACACGGCCAAGCUGAGCCUGAGCUCUGAGAACGUGGACGAUGUGCUGGCCGUGGCCAGCUUCCUGCACAUGCAGGACAUCAUCACGGCCUGCCACGCCCUCAAGUCACUCACUGAGCCCGCUGCCAGCCCUGGGGACAAUACGGAGGCCUUGGCCAUGGAAGGAGAGGACAGGAGAGCCAAAGAUAAGAAGGCUGCGGCCGCCGCGCUGAGUGAGCUGGACCCCUCGGGAAGCAGUCCAUCUGCGGGCCCAGGCAGGGAGCCCAAAGAGGAGCGUGGCGGGCAGGCCGAGAGUGCGGCCAGUGGUGCAGAGCAGACGGAGAAGGCAGAUGCCCCCCGGGAGCCACCGCCAGUAGAGCCCAAGCCCGACCCCACCAGUGGCAUGGCUGCUGCUGAGGCUGAGGCUGUCUUGUCAGAGAGCUUGGAGCAAGAAAUGGAGGUGGAGCCGGCCAGGAAAGGAGAAGAAGAGCAAGAGGAGGAGGACGCUGUGUCUGCUGUGGUCAAGGAGGAGGGGCCACAGCUGGACAAGGGAGAUGCCCCUGAGGAGAGCGAGGAGUCGGCCAGCACAGACUCAGGCCAGGAGCUGGGUGUCGAGACCCGGGGCGUGCGCCUGGGCACCUACGGCGACCGCACUGAGUCCAAGGCCUACGGUUCUGUCAUCCACAAAUGCGAGGACUGUGGGAAAGAGUUCACGCACACGGGGAACUUCAAGCGGCACAUCCGCAUCCACACUGGAGAGAAGCCCUUCUCCUGCCGGGAGUGCAGCAAGGCCUUCUCUGACCCAGCCGCCUGCAAAGCCCACGAGAAGACGCACAGCCCGCUGAAGCCAUACGGCUGUGAGGAGUGUGGCAAGAGCUACCGGCUCAUCAGCCUGCUGAACCUGCACAAGAAGCGGCACUCGGGCGAGGCGCGCUACCGCUGCGAGGACUGCGGCAAGCUCUUCACCACGUCCGGCAACCUCAAGCGGCACCAGCUGGUACACAGCGGCGAGAAGCCCUACCAGUGCGACUACUGUGGCCGUUCCUUCUCUGACCCCACUUCCAAGAUGCGCCACCUGGAGACUCACGACACCAACAAGGAGCACAAGUGCCCUCACUGUGACAAGAAGUUCAACCAGGUGGGGAACCUGAAGGCCCACCUGAAGAUACACAUCGCAGAUGGGCCCCUCAAGUGCCGAGAGUGUGGGAAGCAGUUCACCACCUCAGGGAACCUGAAGCGGCACCUUCGGAUCCACAGCGGGGAGAAGCCCUACGUGUGCAUCCACUGCCAGCGGCAGUUUGCUGACCCCGGUGCCCUGCAGCGGCACGUCCGCAUCCACACGGGCGAGAAGCCAUGCCAGUGCGUGAUGUGCGGCAAAGCCUUCACCCAGGCCAGCUCCCUCAUCGCGCACGUGCGCCAGCACACUGGGGAGAAGCCCUACGUCUGCGAGCGCUGUGGCAAGAGAUUCGUCCAGUCCAGCCAGUUGGCCAAUCACAUCCGUCACCAUGACAACAUCCGCCCUCACAAGUGCAGCGUGUGCAGCAAGGCCUUUGUGAACGUGGGCGACCUGUCCAAGCACAUCAUCAUCCACACUGGAGAGAAGCCUUACCUGUGUGACAAGUGUGGUCGUGGCUUCAACCGGGUGGACAACCUUCGUUCCCAUGUGAAGACUGUGCACCAGGGCAAGGCAGGCAUCAAAAUCCUGGAGCCAGAGGAGGGUGGUGAGGUCAGCGUAGUCACUGUUGAUGACAUGGUUACGUUGGCCACCGAGGCACUGGCGGCAACAGCCGUCACUCAGCUCACAGUGGUACCAGUGGGGGCAGCUGUGACUGCCGAUGAGACUGAAGUUCUUAAAGCCGAGAUCAGCAAAGCUGUGAAGCAAGUGCAGGAAGAAGACCCUAACACCCAUAUCCUCUAUGCCUGCGACUCUUGUGGGGACAAGUUCUUGGAUGCCAACAGCCUGGCCCAGCACGUGCGGAUCCACACAGCACAGGCACUGGUCAUGUUCCAGACAGAUGCGGACUUCUACCAGCAGUAUGGGCCAGGCAGCACGUGGCCGGCCGGGCAGGUGUUGCAGGCUGGGGAACUGGUCUUCCGCCCUCGGGACGGGGCUGAUGGCCAGCCCGCACUGGCAGAGACACCCCCCACAGCCCCAGAAUGUCCACCGCCUGCUGAGUGAGCAGGCAUCCCUCCUCUUGACUGUUUAUUUAAGGAUGGGUGGCCCCGUUCACUAGAGAGAAUAAAUUUGAUUAUUUUCUAA